AUUGACGUCUAUGCGUAUCAUGUCUGGAUAUUAAAUAAUAAUACUGUGAUCAAAACUGUUUAACAAAAACAUAAAAUGUGAAAAAUUCAUUAAUUUGAAUUAAAGUGUUCCAACAAUGGAAAAUUUUGAAAAUAUAUGCCGUACAUGUUCCUUACAAGGUGAAUUACAUCCAAUUUUCCAUGAAAAUACGGCAGAUAUGUUAUCCGAUAUUAUUGAUAUUAAGGUAAUCAAAGGUGAUAAUUUCCCACAAAAUAUAUGUACAUUUUGUCUAGAAAAAUUAAAUUCUGCAUACAAUUUUAAAAAACAAUGUAAAGAUAUCCAUAGAAAAUUUGAAGAAAUUAUUAAAGUUAACUUAGAAAAUUUGAAUGGAAUUAAAGAGGAGAUUGUUGUUAAAUCCGAAGACGGUGCUUAUGUUCUGGUGGAUGAUGCAUGGAAUGAAGAUUGGACAGAUAAUGCUCAAAAUUCGCCUGAGGAAGAGGAUCAUACAAACGCAAAUGAUCAUGAAACGAAAGAUAAUGAUGAUAAAGAUACCGUGGGGUAUCGUGAAUGUAAAAUUUGUAAAAAGGUAUUAAAACGAGGUAGCUAUUUACGACAUCAUAAACUUCAUAUUGGCGAUCGUCGAUUUAUUUGCGAUACUUGCGGUAAAAGUUUUAUGACGGGUUAUAAAUUAAAAAUUCAUAAACGUUUACAUUCCGAUGAAACACCGUAUAAGUGUAAACAUUGUGAAAAUUCAUAUAAAGGAGAUGAAAAUUUAUUACAUCAUAUGAAAAUUAAGCAUCCCGAAGAAUUAUUAUCAAGUGAUACUAAAAGGGGGAAACGUAAUUUAACGAUAUAUAAAUGUGAAUUUUGCAAUGAAGAAUAUUUAGUAAAAGCAUAUUAUGAGCGACAUUUACGAACACAUGCCAUAGAACCACCUUAUCCAUGUCCACAUCCGUUAUGCGAUCGCGGUUAUUUUAGUCGCUACGAAUUAAAAGUACAUUCUAGUAUUCAUUCCGAAGAUUCCCCGUAUAAAUGUUUAUAUUGUUCGAAAACAUUUAAAUUAAAACGUAAUCAAUAUUUUCAUAUGCGUUUCAAACAUUUAGAUUUACUAAGAUAUAAUGCAACAGAUUCGAAAAGUUACGAAUGUGAAAUAUGUAAUCGAAAAUUUAAAUCACAAUUAAAUUAUAAUCAACAUAAAGUUGUACAUACAGAAAAUUCGAAUAAAGAACGUCCAUUUUUAUGUUCGACUUGUGGACGAUCAUUUACAAUACAAGCGUCUUUAUAUAAUCAUCAAGAAAAAUGUUUAAAAAAACCACAAGUAAAGAAAUCCGAACCGAAAGUAACCGAAAAUGGUAAGUUUGAGUGUGAGGAUUGCGGACGAGUUUAUCAACAUAAGCAUACGUUACUACAACAUCAAAAAGUCCAUUCGAAAAAUUAUAAACCCAAGUCAUUCUUAUGCAAUUAUUGUGCGAAAUCAUUUUGUUCGAAAGCGAGCUUAGAAACGCAUAUAAAUACACAUACCGGUGCGAAACCGUAUAAAUGUGUGACAUGCGGGCGAGCUUUUGCACAACAUGCUGCGUUAAAUACACAUCAGCGUGUGCACACUGGGGAAAAACCAUAUAAAUGUGAAAUAUGUGGUAGAGAAUUUGCAUUUAAAGUGCCUUUUAAAUAUCAUGCGCUUGUACACACAGGAGAAAAACCUCACGAGUGUUCGAUUUGUGGACGACGUUUUGCGUUAAAUGGUAAUUUAACUGUUCAUAUGCGUACACAUACGGGGGAAACACCUUAUGUAUGUUCGAUCUGUAAUAAAGGCUUUUAUAAUUCAAAUAAUUUAAAAAAACAUAAGAAAAAACAUGUGAAAGAAAGUAGUCAAUAA